AUGGGGGAGAGGGCGGGACCAGUCAGGAGACAUGGGGGAGAGGGCGGGACCAGUCAGGAGACAUGGGGGAGAGGGCGGGACCAGUCAGGAGACAUGGGUGAGAGGGCGGGGACCAGUCAGGAGACAUGGGGGAGAGGGGCGGGACCAGUCAGGAGACAUGGGAGAGAGGGCGGGACCCAGUCAGGAGACAUGGGGGAGAGGGGCGGGACCAGUCAGGAGACAUGGGGGAGAGGGCGGGACCAGUCAGGAGACAUGGGGGAGAGGGGCGGGACCAGUCAGGAGACAUGA